AUGCACGGUUUGACAAUCGUCAAGUCACUCCUUGUGCGAGUGUUUCUUUUAGCUCAUGGACUUAUUUGUACGUGGCGUGUUAUUGAUACAAAUGAAAAUCAAUAUUGUUGGAUUAUUCUUGUUGGUCUCGGUUUUUUACUUGUCGAAACCGGCAUUGUUAUUUGGCUUCGAAAUGGACGUGAAUUUAAAACAGUUGCUUUUUGUAUCAUAUUCUAUCUGACAUGUACAAUACCAUCAUUAUGGAUAAUUCAUAUUGAAACAGCAAAUAGAAAAUUAUAUCAUCUUGCUGAAAUGAAACUUAAUGCUCGAGCAACUGUACCAUCGAUUCAAUCGCGACAACAAAAUUCUAUUUCUAAUAGUACAUCAUCAGAUAGUUCAUUAUCAUCAUCAUCAUCGUCAUCAGCAUCACGUUUAUUAUCACAUACUAUUCCAGUUAUAUUUUCAAUUGAACAUAUGGAAUGUCAUGAAAAAGCAUGGUACUAUAUGGAUGAACAACGUUGGCUUGAUGCAAUACAAGAAACAAUGUUUAUUAUUUUAUCUAUAUGUCGUUUAAUGGUAACUCGUGAACAUAUGACUGUAGGAAAAAGUGGAAUUGUUUUAAUAAUAACUUUUGUAAAUGGUGCUGAUUUAUUAGCUAUGUCACAUUCAAUACAAUAUCAUGAUGUUAUCAUUGAACGUCUUUGGAUGUAUAUUGGUCUUGCUCUUCUAUCAAUUGGUUUAUUUCAAAUGGCAUUUAUUGAUACAGAUGGUUUGACAUCAUCAACAACAGAUCAAAUAACAUCAUAUGAUGAUCCUCAAAGAAAAUUAAGAAAACGAAUACAUUUUCUUCAAGAUCAAAAUAUAUGUCCACUUUUUCGAGCUUUAUUUAUUAAUGAUGGUCUUCUUUUAUUGUAUCGAACAUUAUUAGCUACAAAAGUUCGAUGUAGUAAACCAACAAUUAUAUUUUUUAUGGGAAAAAAUGUUUUAAUGAUUGCAUUACAUUGUUAUCGUGUUUAUCAUAGAUCAAAAGAACAUGCUAAAAAGAAAGCAUUUGCUGCAUAUGAACAUUUAAUAAAUUCACCAUCAUUAUCACGAAAAUAUCGUCAUCCAUUUUAUGAUUUUGAACGAAAUCGUUCACGAAAACAUCAACAACGACAACAACGAUUAUUACAUCGAACAAUACGUCGACCAGUAUCAAUAACUCAUCGACGAAAAACAAAAACUCCACGAACAUUACAGACAUUUUCAAACAAUUCUACCUCAUAUCCAUUUGCACGACGUCGAAAUGAUGGUGGUCGUGCACGUACAGCAUUUGCUCUCUAUGGUCUACCGUUUCAUUCAUCACAAGCUUAUCGACCGACAACAGCAUCUUCAACUGAAAGUCUUGUUGCCAAAGCAAUUGUUCGUUAA